AGCCGCAUUCUCAGUUCCUCUAAAGUUUCACUGAAGUCACGGACAAAGAGAUAUCAACUGGGGUUUUCACUAUGCACAAGAAAAUGCACAGAAUCAGAUGCAUCAUUCUGCUGUUAUACACACUGGGUAUUCAUGCCCAACCACCGCUCACUGUGACCUACUCUCCUCAGAACACCUGUGCUCUCGCAGGCUCCUCAGUGCUCCUUACCUGCAGUUACACACUUCCACAAAACUACUAUUUUGGAGCAGGAUAUUGGUACAAAACUGAUGGUCAGAAACAUGUGACGCUUGUGAAAGCAUCUGAAACUCGUGUUAAAUAUGACUACAACUCCCCUGAAUGUAGUGUGAUGAUAAACAAUCUGAUUCCUAGCGACUCUGGUGUAUAUGAGUACAGAAUUAUGGCACCAUCUUUCACAUACCUACAAGGCAAAUAUGGAGUUACUCUCUCUGUUACAGAUCUCCAUGUCUUAUUGACAGCUGGUACAGUUACUGAGGGAGGCAAUGUGACACUGACCUGUGACACCAACUGCAAACAAAAGGCCGACAUCAUCUUCAUCUGGUACAAGAACACACAGCCUACCAGACACAGAGCCAUCAACAACACCCUCCACCUAAACCCGGUCAGCAGUGAGGAUGCAGGCAGCUACUCCUGUGCUUUUAGAGGACAUGAACAACAUCGAUCACCUGACACUGCUUUAGAUGUCAGAUAUGCACCACGGAACACCGCUGUGCUUGUGGAUCACCAUGGUGAAAUAGUGUUGGGUGAGUCGGUGAAUCUGACCUGCCGGAGUGAUGCCAAUCCACCGGUACACACCUACACCUGGUACAGGAAGAUGGGAACUCAAAUCUCACUGCUAGGAGGAGGCCAGAGUUACGUUGUCGCUAACAUCAGCUAUGAGACCAGUGGACUCUACUACUGUGUUGCACAGAAUAGUGUUGGUGAACAGCACUCGGCUGCUGUGUCAGUGCCAAUAGCAGGGCAAGGCUGGGCUAAGUAUGUAGCCAUUAGGAUCCUUAUUGUAGUAGCUCUCCUGCUGCUCCCCUACCUUCUCUGUCUGAGGUGUAAAUCUAGCGCUCCCCAAAAAACAGGCAGCACAACGAUUUCACAACAGGAGGCAGACUCAAGCCCAGUGUACAACAACAUAGUGACCUCUGACCCCUUAUGAAGACUGAAUGCAGAUGCAGACGCUUCUAUUGCUAUUUCCCAGUGGUGUAGUCUGGGUUUCUGCAGUGGGUAUACUGGUGAUAUUCAUUAUGCAGCCUGUAGUGCGCAGGGUGAGGGGUGGCAGAGUGCUGCCUUGUUGGACAAGAGUGCAUUUCAUCUUUGAACUGAAUGAUUAAACGGUUUCAUAUUGAGGCAUAUACUGUACAUUGUAACCUAUACCAAUGACAUGUAUGAACUGUAAUGCAAACUUAUGAAAAACGGUGACCAACUUCAUAAGAAUUAGACCUGAAUUCAUGAUGCAUCCUGUGUGUAGAUUGAAAUCAAGAUGCAUCCUGUGUGUAGAUUGAAAUCAAGAUGCAUCCUGUGUGUAGAUUGAAUUCAUGAUGCAUCCUGUGUGUAGAUUGAAUUCAUGAUGCAUCCUGUGUGUAGAUUGAAAUCAAGAUGCAUCCUGUGUGUAGAUUGAAUUCAUGAUGCAUCCUGUGUGUAGAUUGAAUUCAUGAUGCAUCCUGUGUGUAGAUUGAAAUCAAGAUGCAUCCUGUGUGUAGAUUGAAUUCAUGAUGCAUCCUGUGUGUAGAUUGAAUUCAAGAUGCAUCCUGUGUGUAGAUUGAAUUCAUGAUGCAUCCUGUGUGUAGAUUGAAAUCAAGAUGCAUCCUGUGUGUAGAUUGAAUUCAUGAUGCAUCCUGUGUGUAGAUUGAAUUCAAGAUGCAUCCUGUGUGUAGAUUGAAUUCAAGAUGCAUCCUGUGUGUAGAUUGAAUUCAAGAUGCAUCCUGUGUGUAGAUUGAAUUCAAGAUGCAUCCUGUGUGUAGAUUGAAUUCAAGAUGCAUCCUGUGUGUAGAUUGAAAUCAAGAUGGAUCCUGUGUGUAGAUUGAAUUCAAGAUGGAUCCUGUGUGUAGAUUGAAAUCAAGAUGCAUCCUGUGUGUAGAUUGAAAUCAAGAUGGAUCCUGUGUGUAGAUUGAAUUCAUGAUGCAUCCUGUGUGUAGAUUGAAAUCAAGAUGCAUCCUGUGUGUAGAUUGAAAUCAAGAUGGAUCCUGUGUGUAGAUUGAAUUCAUGAUGCAUCCUGUGUGUAGAUUGAAAUCAAGAUGCAUCCUGUGUGUAGAUUGAAAUCAAGAUGGAUGCCAUUAUAUCUGCCUUUUGUUUGUUUUUAUGUUAUUUUCUUUCCGUUGUAUCCAACACUCUGUUACAUGACUUGGACUUGACUCUGAACUCUGUGGGAGAGGCACCCUUUUUGUGGGCAAUGUCUGUAACUUGUGGAUUUUAAGAAGCCAAUGAUUUGUUAGGGGAUGAGUUUUCCUCCUUUAAAAGGGACAUUCUCCCGUAGUCUGGGGCUUCGACUUUUACUUGGUCUUUACUUCAAUUUCAUUUCUCUGCUUUACAAUCACCCCUUCUAUCCCCCUCCAACAUGUUCCUGACUCUUCUCAUACCUUUCUUUACUCUUUCAUUUCGCCUCACGUCAUCCUCGUCGGGCCACCUACUAAACGCUAUCCACAGAGCAGUCCCAGCGCACCUGCUCAAGAGCAGCCAUCCCAAACCACUGGGUCCGGGAGAAGAUAGCGAGGCCAAGGAGCCUCACAAGAUCGGGCAGCGUGACUAAUUAUUUUCUAUCCUUUCUUUUCCUUUACCUCUUUCUCCAAUGCUGUGUUUUUAGUACUCAGAUCAUUCAGGUUAGAUUAAUGUGCCUCUUGC